AGAAACUGGAAGUAAAUAUGGGAAGGUCUCCUUGUUGUGAUGAAAAUGGCCUCAAAAAAGGCCCCUGGACUCCUGAAGAAGACCAAAAACUUGUGCAACAUAUUGAAAAGCAUGGCCAUGGAAGCUGGAGAGCUCUCCCCAAGCUUGCAGGUCUUAACAGAUGCGGCAAGAGCUGUAGGUUAAGAUGGACCAAUUACCUGAGGCCUGAUAUCAAGAGAGGGAAAUUUUCUCCGGAGGAAGAGCAAACAAUUCUUCAUCUACAUUCCAUCCUCGGGAACAAAUGGUCCGCAAUUGCAACACACCUACCAGGCCGGACUGAUAAUGAAAUAAAAAAUUUCUGGAACACUCAUUUGAAGAAGAAGUUGAUUCAGAUGGGAAUCGAUCCAAUGACCCACCAGCCAAGAACUGACCUAUUUUCCAGCUUGCCUCAACUGAUAGCACUGGCGAACCUCAUAGAGCGCCAUCAAAUAGAUGAACAAGCUUUGAGAUUACAAGCAGAAGCUGAUCAGGUGGCUAAGUUUCAAUAUUUACAGCAUCUUCUCCAAUCUACAGCUUUAGUCACAACCAACACUUAUGGCCAAAAUGGCAUUACGGACAUGGAGGCUCUUAAUUUAUUGAAUUCGAUUCCUCCUAUCAAAGAAACCCCAGUUUUAAAUUCACCACAAACAGAUAAUCCGGCCUCAUUUUCUCAGCUGGGAACCUCUCAACCACUCCACUAUCCAGAUCUAUUAUCUCACUUACCAGACCCACAAGUCCCUUUCAAUUUUCAAACAUCGUUGAAUAAUAGUGAGAUAGGCCAAUGCUCUAAUAGCUUAACAAUGGUCAACGAAAGUAUUAAACCACCCGAUCACUCUACAUGGUUUCCUUCUCCACAUCCUUAUCCAUCUGUAACUGAGACAUCGCUUAGCAAUCCAGGAGAUGCAAGCAGCACUUCCAGCUAUGGUGGGGGAUCUUCUUCAUAUUGGCCUGAACUUUAUUUUGAAGACUCUAUUAUGCAAGAGAUUUCUUAGUCAUUACAGUUUAAGAAGUUUGAAGUUGCAUCACGCGUCUUAUAUAAGUUUUCUGUCUCUGUGUAGUCGUAUUUCAUAAUCUUAUAGGUAUUUAAAUGUAUAAGCUCUCUUACUAUCAUAUACAGAUGAGUAAUUUUAUGCAGGAUACAGGACUUGGAAGAUAUACAUAGACAUGCCUACCACGUACAUAACAAACAUUGUAAGAGUAAUUAUCCGUGAUUUUUUGAGUUUUUUUAUUCACCCCCAAUAUAUGACGGUGUUGUGUUUGCAUUCAAGAAAUAGAGAAAUAUAACUAAAUUUGUCAUAUUUA